CCAUAUGCCCGCCGUUAUUUAGCUGAAUGUAGAAAGAAAGAUGCUUUCAAACAUCGAUGCAUCCACGAUAUAAAAUCCAAAUCUAUGGAGCAACCCUAGGAGUUCAGAGAGUAUUUCGUUCUUGAUUAGAACUACACUUCCCAGAAAGCACCGCGAAUGUGUUGUUGUCGGAAGUGGCCGUCAGUGUGCAUCCGGUUGGAGCGGAGGACCGAGCAGUGAUAACGACGGACUGCAGGCAGCGGUCGCCCAGCCAGGAGGGGCCAUGAACAAACAGCCCAGUAAGGAGAGCCUCAAAGACAAGGUGAAGGGGAUCUUUGGCAUCGGACCCCAGAGGCCCCCCACCAAACAGACUGACAACAAACCCUCUGAGUUCAUCAUCAACCACAACAUCCUUAAGGACCUGCAUCCGGAAUGUGGGAUCGGGAAUCGCAUCAAGGUCAUCCACCAAGUGUGCGAUCUGGCCAAAUCCAAGAAGUUUGAGGAGUAUGCGGUGGAGGCGGUCUGGAAGGCGGUGGAGGACAUGUUGACCCCCGAGCAGCCGCCCGAGGCACGCCACGCUGUCCUGCUGCUGCUCAGAGCCAUCAUCCAGGGACAGGGGGACCGGCUGGGUCCGCUCAGAGCCUACUACUUUAAGGUGAUCAGAGACUACCAGCCGCCAAAUGAGGAGCUGGCAGACCGCUUGGAGGUUUUCAAGGCCUUGACGGAGAAUGGAAAAGAUAUCACGUAUCUGGAGGAGGACAUCGCACGCUUUGUCCUCCUCUGGAUGGACAAUGGUCUGACUUCAGACUUCCUCAACGUGCUGGUCAACCUGGUGAAGUUCAACAGCUGCUACCUGGACCAGAACGUCUCCAUCAUGGUCCAGAAGAUCUGUCUGCUGUGCAAUAGAACCACCUCCUCCACUGAUAUCGAGGUGGCGCUGCAGGUGCUGGAUGCGGUUGUGUGCUACAACUGCCUCCCCUCGGACUCCCUCACGGUGUUCAUCAUCACGCUGUGCCGCACCGUCAACGUCAAGGAGUUCUGUGAGACCUGCUGGAAGCUGAUGAGGAAGGUGUUGGGGACUCACCUGGGCCACAGCGCCAUCUACACCAUGUGUCGUAUCAUGGAGGAAAGGGUGUACGUGGAGGAUGCGGCCCUGCUGCGGGGUGCGGUGUUCUUCGUGGGGAUGGCCCUCUGGGGGGCCCACAGGCUGCCGGCCCUGAAGAACACGCCCACCCUGGUGCUCCCCUCCUUCUACAAGGCCAUGUCGUGUGCUAACGAGGUGGUGUCCUACGAGAUCGUCCUGUCCAUCACUAGACUCAUCAAGAAGUACGGCAAAGACCUGCAGGUGGUGACCUGGGACAUCCUGCUGGGGAUCAUCGAGAGGCUACUGCAGCAGAUACAGACCAUCGGCAGCGCUGAGCUGAAGGCGAUCGUGUACGAGCUGCUGACCACCGUGGAGGAGCUGUACGAGCAGAACGGCUUCCACGGCUCCACCGAGAAGUUCUUCAGCCUGGUGGAGAAGUGUGCCGACAAGAGACCGGACUCCUCGGUGCUGACCCUCAUCUCCUACCGGGCUCAGUCCAUCCAGCCAGCCAAGGACGGCUGGAUCCAGAACCUCCACCGUCUCAUGGACACCUUCUUUAAGAAUGAGAGCCGGAGUGGGAUAAGGAUCAAAGUGCUUCACAUCCUCUCCUUUGUGCUGAGCACCAACCGGCAGCUCUACGAGGAGGAGCUGAUCGAGGCGGUGGUCCUCCCCCAGCUCAGCGGCAUUGCGGAGGACCGGGACCUGGCGGUGAGGAAGCAGGCCGUGGCCACGCCCUGCGCUCAGGGCCCGCCCAGAGUCUCAGUCCUCUGGUGUCCCCCUCUGAGGGGGAGUACGGCCCCCCUCUCUCCUCUGCCGCCGCGGGCCCCCCCCCCCUGGAAAGCCUGGGCCCCGCGGCCCCCGCGGCCCCCACCCCCCCCCCGCCCCUCAAGGACAACCCCAGCCUGGCCGAGUUCAUCCCCAUGCUGACCCAGGGCUGGGCCGAGAUCUUCAUACGGCGGCCGUCCGGUAACACCAGCUGGCUGAUGUGUCUGGAGAACCCGCCCAGCCCCUUCUCCUCGGAGCUGGGCAACAUGCCGCUGCAGGAGCUGUCCACCAUCCUGAUGGCCAUGGAGGGUGUGAAGGAGCCGGCCGGCCAGACGGCCAGCGCCCCCGCCAGCACGGCCACGCCCCCCCCCCACGCCGCGGGGAAGGGGCACCUAGUGCAGCGCUCCAACACAGACUCUGUGGUGGUGGUGGAGGAGGAGCGGCCCGCCCCCCCGCCGACCCGCUCCCCGUCUGAAGACUUCGAGGCGACCUCUGAACCCAUCUUCAUGACCUCCAAGACCCCGCACACGCUCAGCAGGUCCUCCUCCACCUCCAGCCAGGACGAGGAGAAGUCGACCCUGGAGGAGGUGAGCGAGGGGGCCAUCCCCAUCGACCAGCCGCCCCAGGGGCCCUCCACCCCGGGCAGCCAGGGGCCCGACCUCCCCUUCCAGCCCCACGCCGCCCAGGGCCUCAACAAGUCCAGCUCCUCCCCCGAGCUGCAGACCCUCCCCCAGGCCUUCUGCCAGGGCCUGGAGGCCCCCGCCCCCGGCCCCCCCGCCCUCAGCCCCCCCCGGCCCAGAGCGCCCUCAGACGGGAAGCCCCCGCCCGCCCAGGCCCCCGGGGAGAGGGAGAAGGUGGAGGCGGUCGGCGGAGGAGGUGGAGCAGCAGGAGCAGGUGGUGGUGCAGGUGGAGCGGCAGCAGGAGGAGGAGCAGCAGGUGGAGUAGGAGGAGGUGGGGAGACGCCUGGGUCGACGGGUGGGGCGGCAGGCCUGUGCCUGGAGUUCCCCUCAGCGGUGGCCUACCCAGGGCCCCUCUCCCCCAGCGGCGGGCACCGUCCCCGGGGCCACACCAUCUCGGUGUCGGCUCCGUCCUCCAGAAGAGAGAGGCGCACGGAGAGGGACUCGUACCACAGCCGCCCAGGGCCCAGCACCGCAGAGAAGACCUACGGACUCAGCCCCAGCUUCGUGUUCCUCCAGCUCUAUCACUCUCCGUUCUUCGGCAACGAGGCCAACAAGCCUCUGCUGCUGCCCAAGACCCAGGUGAUCGACCGGGCGGUGAAGGUGCUGGACCAGAUGCCUCCGUAUGACACUCACAAGAUCGGAGUGGUGUUUGUGGGAGUGGGUCAGGUGAGCAACGAGGUGGCCAUCCUGUCCAACGAGUAUGGCUCCAACCGCUACGCCUCGUUCCUGACGGGGCUGGGGCGGCUGAUCCACCUGAAGGCCUGCGACCCAGACCAGAUCUUCCUGGGGGGUCUGGACCAGUAUGGGGACGACGGCGAGUUCACCUACUGCUGGCACGACGACAUCAUGCAAGCUAUCUUCCACAUAGCCACCCUGAUGCCCAACAGGGAGAGUGAUAAGGGCUGCUGCAACAAGAAGAGACACAUCGGCAACGACUUUGUGAUGGUGGUCUACAACGACUCUGAGGAGGACUACAAGCUGGGAACCAUCAAGGGCCAGUUCAAUUUCGUGGAGGUGAUCAUCAAACCUCUGGACUACGAAUGUAACCUGGUGACGCUUCAGUGUCGUAAAGACCUGGAGGGAUUGGUCGACACCACGGUGGCCAAGAUCGUUUCAGACCGUAACCUUCCUCUGCUGGUGAGACAGAUGGCCCUCCACGCCAACAUGGCGUCCCUGGUCCACCAGUACCGCGCUAACCCCUCCGAUGCCUACGCCUCCAAGUGGCUCGCCCGCCUACGACACAUCAAGAGGAUACGGACCCGGGCCCAGGAGGACAGUGCGUCUCGGCCCGGCGCUGGUAUCUCCCUGACCACGGGCCACGCGGCGGCCAAGCCCUCCUACCAGAGCUCCUCCUCCUCCUGCCCCGGGGGGGAGGCGGUCGGCCAGAGGAAGCGCCUCGUCUCCACCGUCGACGACUUCACCGACUUCGUCUGACCGACGUCCUCAGCCCAGUGGAGGACCGCAUCGCACACAUGAACACACACGCACACAUGAACACACACACAGGCGCGUGUGUGGAAUAAAGAGUCUAAAGCUGC